AUGGAAGCUGUUACUCCUCAUGCAACAGUAUUACAUGUUGUGUCCAACCCCAGUAGUCUAGUCAACGAGAACAUUCAGUACAGUCUGCGGGUACUGACCGACACAUUCGUCAAAACAAUCAUCUGUUUCAUCGGCGUUGGGACCAACAUUAUUAACAUUAUCGUUUUCACGCAGAUUGGACUCAGAGACAGCGUCACUGUUGCCUUCUUUGGUCUGGCUUUUGCCGACUUUGGUUUCGUGUUCUUCACAUUAAUUUACCAGGUGUUGGAAAGUUUGGAUCUGUUCGUCGGGCUUCAGCCAGAGAUAAGCCUGAAACAUCUGUCCUAUUUUGUCAACUACAUCGCCUUCAUCUUUGUAGACAUUUCUAUUUUAAUUACUUUGUUUACUUCUCUCCAAAAGUGCGCAUGUGUGGCUAUUCCCUUUCUGUUUAAAAAGAUAUUUACGUAUCACCUUUCCAAAGUGGUGGUUUCCACAAUGUAUGUGAUAGUGAUACUAUACUACAUACCACUUUUAGUCACCAGCGUUCUCGUUCCCAGAUUUGACAGAACAACUAACAGAACUCGCUACAUGCUUCCAUCAGACAGGCUACGUGAUCGAGUUCUGGACGUCUUCGAGAUUGUCAACCGUGUCCUGCUGCCUUUCGCCUCCAUCGUUCUACUGACUGUCAGUUUGCUUAUCAUGAACAGGAAGCUCGUAGAAGCUUCGAGAAUCAGACAAGCGAUGACAAACAAAACAAACAGUGCCCCGAAAAGGGGAAACACGGUACACGAGAAUAGCUACCUCAGUUCUAAUGAACUGAAAGUCAUCAAAGCAGUGGUCAUGUUAUCCGCCAUAUUUGUGGCCUGUAAUCUGCCGGACAUGGUCAGUUUUCUCACCAGCCUGGUGAUUCCUGACUUUGGCAAUUCGGGCAAGUUCAACAACUCGUACAGACUGGUCAGGGCAGUACAGAACGUUUUGGCUGUGAUCAACUCCACAGCCACCAUUUUUGUGUACGUUAAGUACAACACCAAAUAUCGCGCUCGGUUUCUCAUUUUGUUGGCACGCUUUUGGUGCCAAGCUGAUCGCAAUUAA